AUGUUGGGGGUUAAUAGAAUUCGAACUACUCCUUAUCACCCGCAAAGCAAUGGCGCAGUCGAACGUUGGCAUCGUUCUUUAAAGACAGCACUUUCGACUCGCCUGUCACAUGGAUCUUGGGUGGAAGAGCUACCCACGGUAUUACUGGGGCUUCGCGCGGCCGGCCGCAGCGACUCAGGGGUUAGCGCCGCCGAAUUAACUUUCGGACGAAACUUACGUCUACCAGGAGACAUUUAUGACAACUCUUCGAACAACUGUAAUGUCAACGAUUAUUGUUUAGUAGAUAAGAUUAGAGAUACUAUUCGUAGUUAUAAGCCUACAUCCGACAAUUCACGUAACUGUCAAAGUUUUUUGUGCACAAAGACUUACGUAACUGUGAAUAUGUCUUUGUUCGGGACGAUUCAAUACGUAAACCUUUGA